AAAAGCGGAAAAGCCAUGAUGUUUCCACUCCAUUUUCAUUAUGAAGAUGUAUUACGUCAGGAUCUGUUGCUCAAACUGAAUCACGCCAAUGUUAUGGAAGUUCCUGGAUUGUUUGAAAUAAGAUUAGUACCAAAAGCUGCCUCUGAUUUCAGAAUCCAAUUUGGGAAAUUGGCUAUGGAGAUUUUGUGCGGUCAGAGAUUCAUACAGACACAAAGGGGCCCCUAUUUUCAAGCAGGAAAGUCGUUUCGAUCCAAUCCAUUCUUGGGGUCCGAAAAAGACACUGGAUAUGUCAGUGACUUUGCACGACAAAGCGUUCUCCGAGGGCAUGGAAUGUACCAUUUUUUGGUCAGAAUCUUUACAGUAAUGUCUAUGUUGGAUUCUCCGGUCGAAAUACGGGAAAACUCCAUCAAAUUCUUUAUGGAAACGGAGUUUUGUGAAUUCUCCCCGGAACUGGAAGAUCAUUUCGAGAUCUUCGAGCAUAUUCGAGGGUUCAAUGUGACUAUUGUCACUUCGGCCAAUACAAAAGAUGAGACUUUACUACUGUGGAGCGGCUUUUUGCUAAAAGAUGAGGGGGAAACUAAGUAAGAUGCCGGAGAAGCGACGAAAUAUACGAGAUCACAAACGUAGAUUGCUCGCGGCUAAAUAUGAAUUGAGACGAAAGCUUUCUAAUUUUGUAACCCAAUCUUCCGUAUGAUAUGCGGGACAAACAUCGUUAUAAGUUGUCCAAGUUGCCAAGAAAGAGUUCAAUGGCACGAGUAAGAAACCGAGGUAUUUUCACGGGUCGCCCUCGUUCCGCAGUUGAGUUCUUUCACAUUUAUCGUAUCAUUUUUCGUGGAUUAGCAUCUCGAGGUUCUCUGAUGGGCAUAAAGAAAUCGUCUUGGUAGCAACCACCAAACCAAUAGAACAAAGGUUAGCUCUGCAGCUAGUCCACAAGCAAGGGUUGUAGGUCCAUUACCGUCUGGCUCCCGACCGAAACUAACGGAGUCAUCCCAACUCUCGGAUCGGAGAUGCUAACGGGACAGGAAUCGAAGUGGGGGACCUCUCUACCGCACCUGUCUCCCCAGACAUAGACUACGUAAAGGGUAGUACUCUUGGAAAGAGAGAAGAUCACCGCGUGAACAAAAUCCAAAGUAACGAAUGUCACUCCCGAGGGAUCGACCACUAUCAUACAUGAAAUUUUGCAUAGAAUGAUUGUUCAUGUUCACGCCGGAGUGCUGAGGUUGUUCCCACCAUUGAAGUCAGAGUCUGGGUGUGUUUUUCUUACUAAUACGGAGAGGGUUCCGAAUGAUAAAGACCAAUCAAAAACUUCUUCGUUUCGUUGGUAGAACCCACGCCAACUCUUUUCUCUAAAUAAUAGAGAGAUCUUUUGAUAGUCUCACUUCUAUCAAUGCAAUGAAAGAACUAUCCCUUCCUAUUUGUUUGUCCUAAUGAGACAAAAAAGAGCCUCCUUCUUUACCACUUUAGG